AUGGCCGCACCAUCUUCAGCCUUGGUGUUCAAGGUCCACAGGCGCGAACCGGAGCUGGUCCGACCGGCCAAACCGACCCCAUACGAGGUCAAGCUCCUCUCCGACAUUGACGACCAGGAAGGGCUCCGAUUCCACAUCCCUGUGAUUCAGUUCUACAAGCACGUGCCUUCCAUGCGCGGGAAGGACCCCGUGGCAGUGAUCCGGCGGGCGUUGUCAGAGGCACUUGUGCCUUACUAUCCAUUCGCCGGUCGCCUGAGGGAAGGGCCCAACCGGAAGCUCAUGGUGGAGUGCACCGGCGAAGGCGUGCUGUUCGUCGAGGCCGACGCCUAUGUCCGACUGACGGAGUUCGGGGACCAGCUUCAGCCACCGUUUCCUUGCAUGAAAGAGCUUCUGUUUGACGUUCCCGGCUCUAACGCCGUCCUUCAUUCCCCUCUCCUACUUAUUCAGCUACUUAUUUUGUCUCCAAUACUUCUGUUCUUUGAUUCUCUUAAUUUGAUACAACAGGUGACGCGCCUCAAAUGUGGCAGCUUCAUCUUUGCCCUCCGCCUUUCCCAUUGCAUGAGUGAUGCUCCGGGUCUGGUCCAGUUCAUGUCCGCCAUUGGCGAAAUCGCUCAAGAAUCCCACGCUCCCUCUAUCCCUCCUGUGUGGGAAAGACAUUUUCUUAGUGCACGCUCACCUCCACGCUUGACACAUACCCACCGCGAGUACGAACAACAAGCCAACAACAAUAACAACAACACAUUGACGACAAUGCCCCUGCAUUUUGACAACAUGGCGCAUAAAUCCUUCUUCUUCGGUCGUUCCCGAUUAUCCGCCCUUCGCCGCCACGCUCCUCCACACCUCUGCCAUUCUUAUUCCCAAUUUGAGAUCUUGGCAUCAUGCCUCUGGAAGUGUCGAACAGUCGCACUUCGGCCUCACCCCCAGGAAAAGAUGAGGAUGGUCUACCUUGUCAGCAUGCGAGGAAAAUUCUCCGAUCCGCCAUUGCCCAUAGGUUAUUAUGGAAACACCUUCGCCUUUGCGGUGGCAGAGGCACUUGCUGGCGAACUAUGUCAGAACCAAUUAGGUUACGCUCUAGAUCUUGUGAUAAAGGCCAAAGGUGAGGUGACGGAGGAGUACAUGAAGUCAAUUGCAGAUCUAAUGGCGUUGAAAGGACGACCUAAUUUCUUGAAGACAAGGUGGACAUAUUUAGUGUCAGAUGUGACGAGGGCCGGGUUUGAGACUGUGGAUUUCGGGUGGGGCGCGCCAGUGUAUGUUGGCCCGGGUAAGCCAGAUGUCGGACCGACUCCGGGAUUAACAAACUUUUUCAUACCGUGUAAGAACAAGGAAGGAGAGGAUGGGAUUGUUCUGGCGAUUAGCUUGUCGGUUCAGGCAAUGGAGAGGUUCGUGAAAGAGCUUGAAAGCAUGUUGAAGUCACCACCUGUUGGAGAUGAGGCCAAAACAUUUACUCUUGUGAUGUCAGCUUUAUAA